ACCAAAGGCCCACUGUAUUAAUAAUUAACAUGUAGAAUACUGAGACAAAUACACAGAAAGGAAAGUCAUUCUUAUGGCUGAUAUUUCUUGUAAAUUCUUCCCUUAUCUUGAAUGAAGAAGGACAUUAAAAAGAGAGAGAGAGAGAGAGAGAAUGUUUAAUAGCAAAUGCCAAUUAUCAGUAGCCCUUCUGUCUUUAACAUGUUUUAAGUCAUGCAUUUACAGGUGUGUGUAUGUGCUUUCAAGUCGCUUGGCAAGUUAUGGAACCUCAUUAAGUUCAUGGGGUUUUCUUAGGAAAGGAAUGCUCAGAGAUGGUUUUGCCAACUCCUUCCUCUGAAAUAUAGUCUAUAGCACCUGUAUUUGUUGGCAGUCUCCCAUCCAAGUACUAAUUAGGGCUGACCCUGCUUAACUUUUAAGAUCAGACAAUACAUCUGCACAUUUUCUUUUCACCCCAACAGUAACAGUGAAAAGUAAGCCUGCUUAAAGUUCAGUCUUUCACCUACCUUGCCCUCUUGUGAUAACAGUGUUACUUACCAGGCUGUGAAUGACUGCAUGGGAAACGCAAUUUCUCCUUAGCCAUUUCUCUUCUCUUCUUAUUCUUUGACUUAAUGAACUCAGUGUUUGUAAGAGUUGAAGAAUGUGCAAUGAUAUUCAUUUGUUUCUCAUAUUGGGUGUUCCUUUGCUUUGAGAUCACUCUUGUUUCAAAAAUACUACUUUGCUCUGUUCUAAUUUUCCAGAGUCCCUAAUCUUCUUCCAGGUUCUUAUUGAUGUAGUCACUAAUAGGAUUGUUGGCAUUAAUUUGGAAAUAAUGCCAGCUACAUGCUUGGUGGCUAUUGGCAGAAGAGGUGACCUUGCAGGUCAGCUAAGUGGUACUAGAAAUGCUUUGAUCUAAUCUAUACCAGUAGAGAGACAGCUAUUCUAACAAGAGCGGCUGGCGAGGUCUCUCUCUCUAUGGGAUGCUGAUUCUCUUCCAGAGAGCACUGAGGACAGCAUGGCAGUGGGUUUCGAUGCAAUGCUGGCUCGGGUCAAGGAUGUGUGUAAAAGAAAUGGUUUACUCAUUCUCUCAGUGCUAUCUGUCAUAGUGGGAUGCCUCCUUGGAUUCUUCCUCAGGACUAGGCGCCUCUCUCAACAGGAAAUUAAUUAUUUCCAGUUUCCUGGAGAGCUGUUGAUGAGAAUGCUGAAAAUGCUGAUUCUACCUCUGGUUGUUUCAAGCUUAAUGUCUGGACUAGCAGCUCUUGAUGCAAAGACAUCUAGUCGAUUAGGUAUCAUAACAGUCACUUACUAUCUUUGGACCACUUUUGUGGCUGUUGUCGUGGGCAUCGUUAUGGUCUCCAUUAUCCAUCCUGGUGGGGCAGCUCAGAAGGAGAACACCGAGGAAAGUGGGAAGCCAAUCAUGAGCUCUGCAGAUGCAUUACUGGACUUAAUUCGGAAUAUGUUCCCUGCCAACCUUGUUGAAGCCACUUUUAAACAGUACCGAACCAAAAGCACCCCAAUUGUCAAAGCUGACAAGGCAGCAUCUGAAAGCAGCACUCGUCGAAUAAUAAUCUAUGGGGUCCAAGAUGAAAAUGGAUCUAACAUCCAGAAUUUUGCUUUGGAUAUCACACCACCACCAGAAGUGAUUUACAAAUCAGAGCCAGGCACCAGUGAUGGCAUGAACGUGUUGGGCAUCGUAAUAUUCUCUGCCACCAUGGGAAUAAUGCUGGGCAGGAUGGGCAACAAUGGAGUUCCCUUGGUCAGUUUUUGCCAGUGCUUAAAUGAAUCUGUUAUGAAGAUAGUGGCUGUUUCUGUAUGGUAUUUUCCAUUUGGAAUAGUGUUCCUAAUUGCUGGCAAGAUCUUGGAAAUGGAUGAUCCAUCAGCUAUUGGAAAGAAGCUAGGCUUUUAUGCCAUUACUGUUGUGUGCGGCCUGGUGGUCCAUGGACUUUUUAUCCUGCCAAUGAUGUACUUUUUCAUCACCAAGAAGAAUCCCAUUGUCUUCAUCAGAGGAAUUCUUCAAGCCUUGCUUAUUGCUUUGGCCACAUCAUCCAGCUCUGCCACUUUGCCUAUAACCUUCAAGUGCUUGUUAGAGAAUAACCACGUGGACAGGAGGAUUGCCAGAUUUGUACUCCCCGUAGGGGCCACAAUCAAUAUGGAUGGGACUGCCCUUUAUGAAGCAGUAGCUGCCAUUUUCAUUGCUCAAGUGAAUAAUUAUGAAUUGGACUUUGGACAGAUCAUCACCAUAAGUAUCACAGCAACAGCUGCCAGCAUAGGUGCAGCUGGGAUCCCACAAGCUGGCCUUGUGACCAUGGUCAUCGUUCUGACAUCAGUGGGGCUGCCUACAGAUGACAUAACCCUAAUAAUUGCUGUUGACUGGGCAUUAGACAGAUUUCGCACCAUGAUCAAUGUCCUAGGGGAUGCUCUUGCUGCUGGAAUAAUGGCACAUAUCUGCAGAAAAGAUUUCACCAAAGAUGGAUCUGAGGUGCCUUUGAUUUGUGAAACAAAACCCAUUAGCAUCCACCAGAUCAUGGCUUACCAGCGAAAUGGCUGUGUGAAAACCAUGAAUGAGCCACAUGGACCUGAGUCAUCGAACACAUUACAACAUCACAUACCCAUUCAAGUGGAGGAAGAAGAAAAUCCCAUAGAAACUCAUACAGAGAAAUGCGGCAGUAAAGACCACUGUACAAUUGAAAUCAAUGAACUGGAAACCAAUGUGUAGCUGUUGCUUCUUAUGGUUUCUGAAACCUAAUGACUACCUCGUAGCUGGAGUUGGAGGACAAUUCAAGUUGCCUUGAAUAGGAAAGCAUGGAAUGACUGUCAUGUGCAGACUGGGGCUGUGAAGCCAGCUGUGAACAUCUGUGAAGACAAAAACUUAACAAGAUGUGGCUUUUUCAAUAGGUUCAUAUUGGUUUUUUUAAAAGGAGGGGAUCACUGGAUAACUGUGGUUUUCUUGGGACAAACUGAUGUAAUUCCAUCUGCAAUGCACUUCAAAAAUCCCUGCCCCCUUUUAAUGAUUUCUUCAAGGUAACAUUCUUUUCAUCCUACUGGUCAGGAAGAUAACCCCUCAGUAUUCAGCAAUGUUGAAUUUGACUCACCAUGCUUAGUAACAAAAUGAACAUGUCAUAAUUGUACCGACAUUUUAACUUGAAGCAUUUUAACCUCAGUGGAAAUGACUAAAUACUGCUUAGUUCCCAACUAGAGUAGAUCUAUUGAACUAAAUUAUAUUCAUAUUAGUGUUACACUAACAAAAUGCAUUUAUUUCAAUGAGUCUGCUAUAGUUUGAUUUAUCUCCAUUUUUUUCACCCAACUACAGUUAUGGUUCAUCCAGAAUAGAUUGUGGUUAGUGUUAAAUGUAGCUUGUUGAAAUAGACCACCAUUGCUAAUGAUCCUGGCUUGUUUCAAUAAAUAUAGUUAACACUAAUUAUAGCUUCUCAGUUGGACAGAACGACUAACAGUGGUUGUUCUCAACUAGAAGCAGAUGCUUACAAUCUGUUCCCUGGAGCUGUUCCAAAGGAGGAAGUGGGAAUAGGUAGUGCACUGUAGUGUAAGAAACAGAAGCUGUGGUUCACUGUUGCGUAUGAUUCAGCCAAAGUUGCCAUGUAACAAAUUACUCUUGGUUGCAAUAUCAUUCUUCAUAUUAGCCAUUAUUCUACUUAAAUAUUAUGUGUAACCAAAAUAAUAAUUGCAUAUCUUAUUGAGUAUCUCUGCCGUAAUUAUUGAUCAAACAUAAAAAGAGUUGUGCAUAUUAGAAAUUCUCAAAACACGUUCAUUUUUUUAAAAAUGUUGCAACCAACAGUAUUUGUUACCUGGUUAGCUUUAUUUUUUUAUAUUAUAUGGUUCUGAAUAUUUUGUCACUUUUGCUGUCCUUUCUGAGCUAAUGAGUUCUGUUUAAGGAGUUACUUAUUUGAAGGAAGUCUCAUUUUUUUAGAUUUUCAAGUGAAUAUUAAGCCACAGUCUACAAAUAUCCCAUCACGUCUGCCUUCCAAGUGCCAGAUACAUGCUUCUUUUUUAUCCUUCCUUCCUUCCAAAUUCUAGCAUUAUAACAGUCUAGACAAAAAGAACCUAAACAUAUGUGAACAUGGUGCUAAAGAAGAGUACAUGACGUUCUCUCAUUUGUAUAGACUGUAUAUAUUAUGUUAUUUAUUUGUCCCAAUAUUUUCAUUAAUAUAGACUUUGGGACCAGACUAAAUAUAGGCUGGAAACCAUGUAUAUGACUAUGUUACAACUUCACUUUAAUGUUUUCCUCCAUUCCAUCCUGAGGUUCUAAUCAUUUUCCUCUUUAAACUUGUGUCUUUGAAUUAAAAUUGUAUUUUUAUCCCCCUCAUACAUACUUGAUCACUUUAUACCCUGGCUGGAUUUUCUUCAGGUCCUGUCCAACUGUCCAGGCCCACAUCCCUGUGGUUUUAAUAAGGGGAUGGAAUCCAUUUGAAGUUGGAGCAGUGUACGGGAAGAGAGAAACAGGACACAGUGCUUCAGCUGAUGAACAGUGCAAUUCACAAUCUGUUAGGUGGAAAGUUAAGAGUCCAGGACAUCUUUAUCUUGAACACCUAUGCUGAGAUCCAACAUAAUGUAAAAUUUUGGACCGAGACUGUACACUCUACCAUCCCAAGGGUUGCUGUGAUUAUAAAUAAAAUGGGGGAUGAGAAUGGUAUGUGCCAUACCAACCUUACUGGAAGAAAGGCACAAUAAAAAUAUAAUAAGUA